AUGCAUUGCUAUGAGACUUGGAGGGCGGGUAAGUGGUGGCAGACUUAUAAGGAAGGCGUGAAGAACGGAGUCGAUCCGGAGCUCUAUAGAGUGCAGGCGAUGGAGUUCCUCAGGUCCUGGCCCCAGUGGAGGCAGAGCAACGGCUCCAGGUUUGUGGUGGCGCCCUUCAACCCGGCGCUUCCCGAGAAGACCCUGGAUGCGCAGAGGCCUUGCAGCUCGUCCCCCUUCAUCAUCACCUCUGAGCACACCAUGCUGUGCGAGCAGAAGCUCGAGGCGCAUGCCCAACAGGGGCUGAUCCUGCCCUACGUGACGGACACCCACCAGGAGGGGUUCGAACCCCUCGCUGCCACCCGCGACACACUACUCUUCUAUCGGGGCGGGUGUUCCCCUUCCUCCUCCUCCGACCCUUCCGGCCCACUCUAUUCAUCCGGGAAGCUGCUGCGUCGCGCUGUGGUGGACGCGAUCCAGGCGUCCAAUGCCACCGAUGUGGACGUGCAGUGCGGCUGCGACAUCUGCCCCAAGGCCCUGCCCCACUCGGAGGUGCUGGCGCGCAUGCGCGCCUCCCGCUACUGCCUCGCACUGCCGGGUGACCGACAAGCCAGCCGGCGCGGCACCGAGGCGGCCCUCUCCGGCUGCAUCCCGGUGAUUGUGGGGCCGCCCUGGCACACCUUGGUCCUGGCCGACGAAAUCGACCACGCCGCUUCCAGCGUUUUCAUCUCCGUGCGCCACGUGACCUGGGUGGUGGCCAACACCUCGCUGGCCAGGUCCGACAAUCACCCCAGCGUGCUGACGGCCUGGUACCUGGACACCGACCUACCGCCCGGACAAAUGCUGCAUGUCGACACCCUGGACGAGGUGGUGGACGUGCUGCGCGCGCUGCCGCCCAAGGUCCUGGCCGCCAAGCAGGCGGCACUGGCGCGGGAGGCCUACAAGCAGUACUGGCUGCCGGCCCCGGGGGAGACCAAGUCGCAGCUCGGAGAGAUUGUGGUGAAGAAACUGUGUGACCACGCCCAGACGCUCAAGGACCGUGGCAUCAUUCUACCGCACCCCACCCCGCUUCAGGGGAGGAAGCUGUUGGCCGAGUGA